AUGCCAGUGUUAACUUUGCGUAUGAAGAAGAGUGGCCCUGGGAGGCUAGCUGGUAGUGGUAUGGACAUGUCAGGGAACUGGCAGUAAUGCUAACUUGGCUGCAGUAGUUUGUGAGUUAUCCAAAAGUGUCUUGAAGCCUAAAGGGGUGAAACCUCGCCAGCUGGCCCGUGUAGAGGGUUGGAAAACCGGUAAAACGUUACGAAUCCCGGGACCUUUAAUAUCUGACAACAACUGGUUAGCUAGCAUUAGCUGGCUAGCUGGGAAGCUCCCGAAAAGUAACGUCAGGGCUUGUUUCAUACAGUCAUGUCUUCGGCCGGAGACUUCGGAAACCCUUUAAGAAAAUUUAAAUUGGUCUUUCUCGGGGAACAGAGUGUGGGAAAGACUUCGCUGAUCACCAGGUUCAUGUAUGACAGCUUCGACAACACUUACCAAGCCACAAUAGGAAUAGAUUUCCUGUCAAAAACGAUGUACCUUGAAGACAGAACAAUCAGGUUGCAGCUGUGGGACACGGCAGGGCAAGAGCGAUUUCGUAGCCUCAUCCCGAGUUACAUUAGAGACUCUGCUGCUGCUGUUGUAGUGUACGACAUCACAAACGUCAAUUCCUUUCAGCAAACCACAAAAUGGAUUGAUGACGUGAGAACGGAGAGAGGAAGUGAUGUCAUCAUCAUGUUGGUGGGAAACAAGACAGACCUUGCGGACAAAAGACAGAUAACCACAGAGGAGGGAGAACAGAGAGCGAAAGAGAUGAAUGUUCUGUUUAUUGAAACAAGUGCAAAGACAGGCUACAAUGUCAAACAGCUUUUCCGUCGCGUGGCAGCCGCCCUCCCUGGCAUGGAUACCACACAGGACAAGAGUAGAGAGGACAUGAUUGACAUUAAGCUGGAGAAACCACCAGAGCAACCCGUCAGUGAAGGAGGCUGUUCCUGCUAAUGCUGGCCUAUGUCAUGGCUAAAUAAUUCUCUUACUUGCUGUUUCUCAAACCCAGUUGGUUUUUCUGUACCCUUCACUAUACCCGCCUCUGUGUCACAGCCUGAAAGAGAACACUAAAUCCGUUAUCCUUGCCAUUGUGGAAAUCUUGCGCGCUCAUCGGGAUUCUCUGAAAGUCAUAAAUCACUUAAAUUGAAUAUUUGCACUGUAACACACAUACAUUGAAACAGUAUUCACAGCUGGAGCUCAGCCUUCUUUAGUGAGCUCCUCUUGUUUGUCAUUUCAGACGAAGAUGGUGGCACACUGCUGUGGUUUGUGUCUAAAGAUGACUUUUUGAACCAAACUGAACAAAAGAAAAUGUUUGUUAAAGAUGUCAAAUCGAGGUAUGUGUUUAAGAGUGAGAAUAUUCUUUGAAAAGUUUAUAUUGCUUUAAGCUUAUCAAGCACUGUGGAUGUUGUGUGCGUUUGUUAGUUAACAUAAUUUGCGUUGUUGCAGUUGAUUGGCAAGAUUCAUUCAUGAAUUGUGUUAACAAACUUUUAUUUUUUUUUAACUGGAAUAAUAUGUGGAUACGGUUGUGUUAAAGUAAAUGAAUACCAUAUUUGGGAGAUCUCAGUGUUGACAAGUAUACUGUACAGACACGAUAUAGCUGAAGAUGGAGGCGGCAGCAAUGAGCUUAUUUUAAACUGAGUUUGUGCUUUGGGGUGCCUGCACACAAACAGUUCGUGCAGUCACAGUUCUCCCAGCAUGUACCAGCAUGAUAUGACAAGUCAAAACACUGAAACCACACAGUCAGUCACCACUGCAUGGUCUCAAACCAGAAAAAACACACAUCAACUACUACAAGAGCCACACUACCACUACACCAUCCACAUUACCGUCCUUCCUCUAUUCCCACAAUUCUCCCUUGAGAUGGGUUACUUUUACCCUGGUUUCCAUUUUCUAUUACCCUUUUAUUUGGAUAGAUCUUUAAUUUUAUUUUAUUUUUUCUAAGGACUACACCUAUCAUAGUUUGAAUCUUUCUUUGAUGAUAGUGUUUGAGGAGGAUUUUCUCAUAUGUUAAGAGUCAUAAUCAUAAAACCCACCAUAAACAUUAGAUAUGGAGAUAUUUGCCUUUUGGAGUUUAAUUGUAGAGGGCUUCCUUGGCUUUGGUUUAUAGUUAAAUUUGGUAUGACGUUUUACGAACACUUUAAAGAGUAUUUUUCUUUUGCUUAUUUUUAUUUUUUGGCAUUGAUCUUUUGUUAGUGAUUAUUCUACAUAUGUAUUUAAUCCACAAUGAUUUGUAAUAUUUAUUUCUGUUGGAUUCAUGUUUUUUUUUUUUUAAUGUCUGUUAAUAUCUUCACUUUUGGUAUGAGUCCUGAAUCACUAAUAAAAUAUGCAUCCAUCUGGACCACCUUUAACAGAAUCAGUAGAGAGCGACUGUUCCCUCCACCACUUCUAGAUGGCAAUUUGAUCACUCCGAAAAUACUGUGCAAUUUUUGUGUGAACUCGUGGAGGAGAGUCCAAUUUGUAUACAUAGUAGUCCCUAACGUUUGUCUGGAAUGGUUUUAAAUGAAAGAAUAAAAAUACACUUGUCACUGCUGCUGAAAUUCAUGUCGU